CUAGCCAUCGAGGCAAAGAGUGAGAAGUUGAGAGACUGAUCGAGAUUCGAGGCAUUUGCUGAGCAGUAGAUUGGAGAAAGAGCGAAGAGACGAGGGCUUCAUCCACGUGUUAACCGAUGGAAAGCCAAGGGGCUGAAGUCGCCAGAAAACGCAUGAAACCAGCUAUGGAUGAGAACGAAGGCGAGGUCGGAGAUGGAAUUGUGGAUCAAAUAGAAGAAGAAGAAAUUGAAACCAACAUUGCCGGAUCUGAAGAGAUGGAGCUUAGCAUCAAUCGCAUUCUUGAAAAGAUUGAAAACUUCACUCAGAUGGUAUCUGAGUUGCUGGAAUCAGGAAAGACGCUCUUCAAGGAUUUGAGUAACGAAUUUGAAGAACGAAUGAUUCUGAUACACAAGGAACAGAUAGAGAAGUGGCAGGAGGAAAUCAGGGAACUCCGCCUGCUUGAUGCCGCAAAUGAGGAGAUCAAUGCGGUUCUGCAAAAUGCUCGAUGUCUGCUUCAGAAUGUUCAUUUUCACUCGUGAAGCAGUGGUGCAGUUUCAAUAUCACGGCGUACGGAUUAAUGUUGACACCAGUGGCAGGACCUAUAUUGUUAACCAUGGAUACAAAAGUAAUUGUAUUUUUUUUUUUUUUUUUUUUUUGAAUUGAAGCAUUUGCCGCCUGCAACAGAAUUGCAGGAGAUGCCUUUAUGAACAUAGAGAUUAGAGAGAGAUGCUUGUUGUCUAUGGGAUAUUGAUCAUUCUAUUAAGAUCCAUCUACACAUUUGCCCUUUUA